GUCGGAAGUUGCCCUGUGUGUUGUGCCUUGGGCUCCACCGUGGGAAGAAAGCGGGUUAGCUUGGCAACUGCACCAUGGAGGCUUGAAGCUAAAGAAAAAGUUACCUCUCAUUGGUCAAAAGCACAUUCCUAGGAAUACAGUGACCUAUGAUGAUUUACAUAUCGACUUCACUUGGAAAGAAUGGGCUUUGCUGGAUCCUUCCCAGAAAAAUCUCUACAAAGAUGUGAUGCUGGAGACCUACAGGAAUCUCACUACUAUAGGAUACAAUUGGGAAGACCAUAGAAUUGAGGAAUAUUAUCAGAAUUCUAGAAGACAAAAAAGGUAUGAAAGAAGUCAUACUGGAGGGAAAACAUCUAAAUAUACUCUAUGUGUUAAAGGCUUUGCAAAUCAUAGUCAUCUUCAAAGGCUUGAAAGAAUUCAGACUGGAAAGAAACCCUAUAAAUGUAAUCAAUGUGGUAAAGCAUUUGCACAUCGCGGUAGUUUCCGAGUCCAUAAAAGAACGCAUACAGGAGAGAAACCCUAUAAAUGUAAUCAGUGUGGCAAAUCCUUUGCAUGCCCCAGUAAUCAACGAUUACAUGAAAGAAUACAUACUGGAGACAAACCCUAUAAAUGUGAUCAAUGUGGUAAAACCUUUGCACGUUCUUCUACUCUCCAUAUACAUAAAAGAACACAUACUGCAGAGAAACCCUAUGGAUGUAAUCAAUGUGGCAAAGCCUUUGCACGUCGGAGUCAUCUUCAAUGCCAUGAAAGAACGCAUACUGGAGAGAAACCCUAUGAAUGUAACCAGUGUGGUAAAGCCUUUGCACGUCACUUUACUCUUCAGAUACAUAAAGGAACACAUACUGGAGAGAAACCCUAUGAAUGUAAUCUGUGUGGUAAAUCCUUUGCUUGUCACCGUACUCUCAAAUUACAUAAAAGAACACAUACUGGAGAGAAACCCUAUGAAUGUAACCAAUGUGGUAAAGUCUUUACAUAUCGCUGUAAUCUUCAGAUGCAUAAAAGACUACAUACUGGAGAGAAACCCUAUGAAUGUAAUCAGUGUGGUAAAACCUUUACACGUCACAGGCAACUUCAAAGUCAUAAUAGAACACAUACUGGAGAGAAACCCUAUGAAUGUAAUCAAUGUGGCAAAACCUUUGCAUAUCCUAAUGCUCUCCAAAUACAUAAAAGAAUACAUACUGGAGAGAAGCCAUAUGAAUGUAGUCAAUGUGGUAACACCUUUGCACAUUACAGUACUUUUAUAAGACAUGAAAGUACACAUACUGGAGAGAAGCCCUAUGAAUGUAAUCAAUGUGGUAAAGCCUUUGCACGUCAGAGUCAUCUUCAAAGCCAUAAAAGGACCCAUACUGGAGAGAAACCCUAUGAAUGUAACCAGUGUGGUAAAGCCUUUGCACAUCAUCAUAAUUUUCAAAUACAUAAAAGAAUACAUACUGGUGAGAAACCCUAUGAAUGUAAUCAGUGUGGUAAAGGUUUUGCAUGUGUCAGUACACUUCGAAGUCAUGAGAAAAAAUACUGCAAAGAAACCCUAUAAAUGUAGUCUGUUUGGUAAAAUUUUGCCCUUUAUAUAGAAGUAAACAUUUUGUGUGCAAUCAAUCUGUUAAGGCCUUUGCAUAUUAUAUCAAUAUUUGUGUACCUAAAAAAAAACUAACAAUGAAAGGGCUUCUUACUAUAAAGUAUUUGGUAAGAUUUUUAGCCAACACACCUACAUGCAAUUACACAAGAGUAUUCAGGAGAAAAACAAUUGACAAUGUCAGCAAUCUGUUCAAUCAUUGUGGUGUCCAUCUUUAUUUUGUUUUUACCUGCAAAUCCUUGUGGGGGGGAGACCCUUUGAAUUUAAAUGAUAAGGUUAACCCUUUUGUAUUUCAUACUUCUCUUUAAGUACAUGUAAUAACUAAUUCAGUUGUAAACCUUUAUGGAUUUGUGGUAGUGCCUUUUCUGUUGUGAUAAAAUCUGUCUGCAUCAACUUAUGAAAGAGUUUAAUUUGGUCCUUGGUUCCAGAGAGAUACAGGAUCAACAUGAAAGUGGCAACAAGUGUCAGAUAUAUCAGGUAAAUCAGGAGGCUAAGAACUCACAUCCUUAGUUUGUAGCAUGAAGCAGAGUGGGAACUGGAGGUGUGUGACUGUAAAUUCUCAAAGCAUACCCCCAGUGACAAAUUUUCUCCAGCAGGGCAGCAUUUCCUAAAUCUUCCCGAAUGAUGCCACCAACUGAGAAGGACUAAUUUCUCUGACUUCAAGCCUACAUACUUGUUUUCUGUUAUAUGAACCAAUUCAUGAUGAAGAAAAAUUCUUUAAAUAACCCUUUAGAUGCCUCAACAUCUGUGUCACAAGAAUAAAUGCUUAUAAAAUAAAAAUUUUCAUGAGUGAAAUUUUGUUUAAAGAUUUGUUUUAAUUUUAAUUAUGUGAUGUCACUGUGUAUUUGUUUGAGUAUAUGCAUUUGUAUGCUGGUUCCUGAGAUGGUUAGACCCUUGGAUUGUCUUGUAGCAGUAAUUACAGGAAGUUGUCAAAAACUAGACCUUAGUUUUGGGAAUGAACUUUUCUUAAUUGCUCAGCCAUGUCUCUAGCUCUGUAAUAUUUUAAAGCCUAUUUGUAUAAUUUUGAACUAAGGAAAUAAGGAAGAGCUCAUACAUGGGAAAAAAAACUGUUCAUGUAAAUGAUUUCAUAAAGAUUUUAGACCUCACAGUUGUUUUCUGGCUCAAGACAAAAAGUUUGUUUCAUUUCUUAUUCAUAUAACCUUCAGGGAUUAUGAACCUUAUCAUGUUCACUGAAGACAGAUGGUGGAGAUCACUGCAUUGUGUUUUCUAUUUUGAAACAUUUGAGGGAGAUUCUAGAGUGUGCUAUAUGUGUGGCAAGUCCACUUAGUGAAGUUUAUUUUGUGGUCCUCGUAUUUCUUCUGUGACUUUCAUUCAUCUUCUAUUCUAGUUUUCUUAGCAGUAUGUAUUUUUCUGCUACAAUGUAUAGAAUGGGAUUGCCAUCAUGUAAGUGGCCCAUUGUUUAUUUAAACAUCAUGCAGUAGGUUAUCAUACUUUCCAAUAACAGUGUCUGUGAAAGGAUGAUAGGUUGUUGUUCGUGGUUUUGUUUUUCAUAUUUUCACAAAUUCCCUUGAGAUUUUGUUGAUUGUUUUUCAGCCUGCCUUGGCUAUCAGUAAUUAUUCAGGGAUACAUUUGAACUCAUGACCCACAUUUGUCAACCUCCUGAGUACAAGUCCAAGGACAGAUGAUGUACCCCCAAUGUAUGCUGUUUUGUCAACAUGUUUUAACAAUGUUAAAACACUUAAUAGCAGAGAAAAUAAGAAACUAACUAUCUCAUGUG